AUGGCACUCCAUUGUCACGCACUGUCGCUUGCCCAGUUGAUUCUGGUAGUAUGCCCUGCCUUUAUUCUCUUUGGCUACAAUCACGCCGGCGUUGGCGGCCUCGUAUCUGUGGAAGACUGGACCACAACCUUCCCUGAAAUCGAUACCAUCCACACGUCAGGCGCAGUGAAAAGCCACAAUUUAACAGUCCAAGGUGUUGUUAUUUCGACAUUUACCCUUGGUGCAUUGGUUGGGUCUCUUUCAUGCUCAUUAGUUGGUGACGUCUUGGGAAGAAGAAAGGUCAUAUUUGCAGGCUCACUUGCAACGUUGAUUGGGGAAGCCCUAUGUUGUUCCUCUUUUGGGCUCGCUCAGUUGAUUAUGGGAAGGCUUAUAAUUGGAAUCGGCAUUGGAAUGCUUAGUGGAACAGUACCUGUCUGGCAGUCCGAAUGUUCAUCGGCACAUAAUAGGGGCAAACAUGUUGUUCUGGAUGGCCUUUUCAUCAGCGCCGGGUACGCAAUAACGUCGUGGGUUAACCUGGGACUCUACCAAGUCAAAACCGGUUCAGUUGCCUGGAGAGUGCCACUGGCAAUUCCGGGGUUGAUUUCGCUUAUCCCCAUGUUUUCAAUUUUCUUUCUCCCAGAAUCUCCUCGAUGGCUUGUUCAAAAGGGCCGCCUUGAGCAGGCUCGUGCAACACUCGUCAGUCUAAGCGUUGCAUCAGUCCGGCCGGAGGACGUGAACGGCGAUAUCGCAGCAAUCCAGUCAACACUAGAGAAUAACUCUCGUGGUGUCUCAAUAAUGGAUAUUUGGCGCCCGAAUGAUGAAAAGCAAAUGUCGGGAGGAAACCUUAUCUCAGUCUACGCUCCAGUUAUUUUCGAAGAUAACCUCCAAAUGACCAGCAUGAUGUCUCGAAUACUAGCUGCUGCGACGCUCUCGUGGAAGUUCUUCUCGUGUUUCGUGGCUUUUUACUGCAUCGAUCGGUUCGGUCGCCGCGUGGUGUUUAUUAUCAGCGGGUCGGGAAUGUCGCUUUGUAUGCUGGUCUUAGCAAUCACCACGAGCUUUCCACAUACAAACAAGCCCGCUUCCAUUAUUUCGGCGCUUUUCAUUUUCUUGUUUAACUUUUUUAUUCCCAUCGGGUUUCUGGGUGCAAACUUUCUAUACUGUACCGAGGUAGCGCCGCUCCGGCUGACAGUUGCUAUGGCUUCGAUCUCAACUGCAAAUCAUUGGCUUUGCAUUCGAGGAAUUGUUAGGUCGUCUUAUCGGCCUCCAAACUCUGACGCAGAAAGACGAGUUUCAUUUGAUAAAAGUGAGGUUGAAGAAGUUGAGAACAAGGACCUCUAGAUAUAU